AUGGCUAAGAAGAAAGAUACCCUCUUCCAUUUAAAACAGUAUUUGUUCUGCCCUCAAAAGGACAUGGAAACUGCAAAUGUGGACCACCAAGUUAUCAAUAUCAAUCCAACUAUCCAAGACUUAUUCUCUACAAGUUUGAACUUGGAAGAAAAAACUGAAGGAACAGUGAAGUUUACAAGCAAGCGCAUUAUGCUUUAUGCUAGAAACUUCGGAAAGAAUAUGGAAUAUUACGAGGAUCUUCUGUUUGUUGCUGCAAAAAACCCUAGCUUCUCUUCCCGCCGCGCCUGCCCUAAAACUCUUUCUCCAUUCAUUCAGCCCGCGCCGCCAGCCAGCUCGUCCAUCUCGUGUGUCGUAAGCAUAGUCGUCGCACAUCGCACCUCCGUCUCCGCCGCAGCUCUCACGCCUUCGUCUCCGUAUUGGGGUAGCGGUUGCAGAAUGGAGUCAAAUCAGGCAGCUUCCUCCAUGGAAAUUGAGACUGUCCCAUCUGAAGCCAAACUUUUGCCACCAAAGCCAAAGUUUGAGCCUUUGAAGCCUCAUGAGAUGUCUGAUGGACAGGUUCAGUUCCGCAAGGUGAAUGUUCCACCUCAUCGAUAUACCCCUCUCAAGAAAGCUUGGAUGGAUAUCUAUACCCCCAUAUAUGAACAAAUGAAAAUUGAUGUGCGUAUGAAUCUGAAGGCUCGUAGAGUUGAGCUGAAGACAAGGGCUGAUACACCUGAUAUAAGUAACCUGCAAAAAUGUGCUGAUUUUGUCCAUGCUUUUACCUUGGGUUUUGAUGUCAUAGAUGCCAUUGCUCUUCUGCGUCUGGAUGAGCUGUACAUUGAGUCCUUUGAGAUCAAGGAUGUUAAAACACUUAGAGGCGAUCACCUGUCUCGAGCUAUUGGAAGGUUGUCUGGUAAAGGUGGUAAAACAAAGUUUGCAAUCGAGAACGCGUCAAAGACAAGAAUCGUGAUUGCCGACACCAAAAUUCACAUAUUGGGAUCUUUUGCCAACAUAAAGAUUGCCAGGGAUUCUCUUUGUAGCCUGAUUCUUGGAUCACCUGCAGGAAAGGUGUAUUCGAAACUAAGAGCAGUUACUGCUAGAUUGGCAGAAAGGUUUUGA